UCUAUAAUGUAUUAUUUGUAAUGGAUAUUUAUGAAUAUUUUACGUUUAUGCAUAAUUUUGCGAUUUAUUUUUAAGUAGCAUGAAAAGGUAAAAAACAAUAUGAAUAAUUUGAUCUAAUUUGAAGUCUACUUCGAUGUGGUGAGUCAUUAGCUGUAGACAUCAGAGCACGCUCUGUUUAAACUCCUCCUCAUUUCCUGCCACGGUCGUUUGGAAGUUCAUGGGCUGUGCGUAAAAGUUCGGCUUCACUAUAAGUAUGGAUCCUAAUUCUUCUCUGCUGUGAUAUUUGGUUUUCUUUAAAUUAAAAUUUACUCCCCAGAAAAAAUAAAUAAAAAGAUGGCUCAAAAUCUUAAUAGUUCCGAUUGCCAUGAGCAGUCCACUGUCUCUGGUGGAUCUCCUACAACAACUGCGAUCAUGUUUUCCGCCGGCGUCCUUGGGAACGUGGUGGCCUUAAUUCUGUUGGAAAUACGGCGGAGGAAGCAAUCCGCAUCCUUGUUCCAAGUCCUGGUCACAUCUUUGGUCUUCACGGAUUUGCUCGGGACUUUCUCCGUCAGUCCCUUGGUUUUAACCGCGUACUUGAGAAAUGAAUCUUUGCUCGGGAUGAGUGAAAACCGUUUGGUUUGCGGACACUUUGGAUUCUCCAUGACUUUUUUCAGUCUGGUCACUCUCGCCAUUCUCCUCUUCAUGGCAGUGGAGCGCUGGCUCUCCAUCGGACAUCCUUACUGUUACGAGAAGCGCAUGAGUAAACGCUGCGGGUACAUCACCAUCGCGCUCAUAUACCUGCUGUGCGCUCUUUUCAGCGGCACACCUUUCCUCGGAUUUGGGCAGUUUGUUCAGCACUGUCCCGGAACGUGGUGCUUCAUUGAGACGCACACGUCUGCGACAAAGCACAAAGUGUUCAAUAUCAUCUACGCGUCUUGUUUGCUCCUCAUGAUAGUGUUCACGGUUUUGUGCAACGCGUCCGUCAUCUAUCAUCUUUCCCUCAUGUACCGAAGACGCAAGGCGCACCGGGGCUCCGUCCCGCGGCAGAGAGGACUCAAGAAGCCUCGGUCCAUCGCGAAGGAGGUUGAACAUCUGGUGCUGCUCGGGGUCAUGACAAUGGCGUUCGUCAUCUGCUCUCUUCCUCUCGUGAUUCAAGUGUACUUCAACACUUGCUGCGACCAAGAUCAUCAGAAAAAUGGUCGCAUAACCCUUCUUUUAGUAUCGGCCAACCCCAUCAUAGACCCCUGGGUCUUCAUCAUCCUCAGUCCCCCAAUACCUCGUCUCCUCUGGGACAAGAUGUGCAAGAAGACACAGUUCAAACCCACGCAGGAGAAGGUCCAUAGCAUCUCUCCCGUCCUGUAUCAGUCAAAGCCACAUGGAGAUUCAGAAGGAGGCAGCGCGGUGGAAGUAUACACAGGGAUUCCUGGAACUGCUGGCUCCUGAUCUCUAAAGCCUCUUUUUGUUUGGGAAAGAUUGUGGAGUGAUUGCUCACUCAUAUAAUGAAAAUAACAGAGACUGAAGAUCCACGUCACUGGAUAACUGACCAGAUGGAUCUAAGACCUGAGGAUGAAAACGAUGGGUGCUGCUGCAUCUAUAACAUCAUGGAGAAUAUAACAGGGUAUAUACUCUUUUUUUAGCAAAGUAAACUUAUUUAUUGCCUUUAUUUAUGGAGAUUAAAACAUUUUUGUACAUCGGAAGGAAAAUAAGUGUUUCUUUAUCAGCAGGAAAUCUAAUGGUAAAUCGAAAUAAAUAUUUACAGGCUGAAAUGAAGAGCUGUAUACUUCCUGUUUCAACUUCGUGGGGGAAUGCGGUUGACAUUCUUUGUGUGGCUUCACGCCUUAUCAGUUUUGCUUUCUGCGUUCUUUUGCAAAUGUAUGCAGGACUGAAUCAUGUAAGUCGGUUCAUUUUGAAAGAGCCCAACAGCUUGACUGAACGUUGCAAAAGUCCCAUGACUGAAGACAGUCAUUUAGAGGAAAGAUGAAGCAGACUGAACUGAGGUAAUCAACAUGUUUGGAUCAGUCUGUUUAGCAAUGUCUUGAUGAUAUCGAUAUUAACACUGUGAAUAUAUUGAGGUUACAAGAUGGUUUUAAAGUAAUGCAAUAGUCAGGAAAUCUCAGUAUUGAUAAAAUCACCAUGUUACACGCACGAUAAACACAACACAUUUUGUUUUCUUGGUGUUGGUAGAUUUUCAUUCAUGCAUUUGGCAGAUGCUUUCAUUCAAAGAGCCAACAACAUUUGUAAUGCACAAUUUAUGCUUUAUUAGACAAAUGGAUAAGGAUAAUAUGAUGGCCUUCUUAGAAAUCCUAAACAAAUUCUUUACAGUUAUAUUCAGACCUAUAUAGAAAUAUAAAUGUCUGUUGUAAUAUGAGGAAAAGUAGUUUCUAUGUAGUUAUUAAAAGUGUAACAUCAUCAGUUUGAUAAAGAGCUAUGGAAUAAUAAUUAGAGAAAUAAAACACAGCCAUACAAAUGGAAAUACGAACCAAUUGACUCCAAUGUUGUUUGGUUCCUCAACAUUCUCCAAAUAUCUUCUUUUGUGUUCUGCAGUAGAAAGACAGGUUAGGACCAUAAAAGAUGACAGAUUUCUUAUUUUUAAAUGGACUUUACCUUUAUAAGCAUUUUAGUGAUCAUUUCUGAUUCAUUUUAAAGUGCAAAUGUUUGAAACCAUAGACGUUAUGGGAUUAUUUAGUCCCACACUCUUAAAAUAAGCUUUCAAAAAGGUUUGCAAUGAAACAACCAUUGUAUGUUGUAUGAACAGUCUUUAAAAUAACAAUUUCUUUCUAAAUAAAUAAAUACUUUUCUUUAAUAAUCUGAAGAACGGUUUCCCAGAAUAAAGAACCCUGAAAGAUUACAUGAUGAACCAUCAAUGCCAACAACGAUCCUUUA